CAGUGUACUAUGUAGAUUAGCAGAGUACAUGUAUGCGGAAAUGGAAAACGGAAAAAAGUUAAUUGUUGCAUACUAUAUCAUUUUUGUUGAUGGAAUAAACCAAUAUCUUGAAUAAGAUUUAAGUCAUAUGUUUCAUCAGAAAUAUAAAUUCGUUAUCUGAAGAGUAUUUCGAGCCAUCGACCACGAACUGUGUAGCGUUACUGAUGCUGUAUUCAAGGCGACCACCCUCUGUCUUACUGAUUACUGUCUCAUAAUAUUUUCUAUACAUGUAGAAAGUAGAGCUGAAAUAACAAAAUGGUCGUUCAGCAUGACAGCAGUAAAUUUAUUUCAUAUUGAUUUGAUUGAAGGAAUGGAUACAAUUGAUUGAAAUAUGGCUGAAGGAUGUGACCUUACCUCUAUCAAAGAUGGGUCGGAUGCUGACUUUGAGUUAGUCUGUACGCCCUGUGAGGAAGAUGAUAUCAGAGAAGAAGCUGUCAAAUUCUGUGUAGAAUGCAACCAGUAUCUUUGUACAACAUGUGCUAGAUGUCAUAAAAGAAAUGCGGCUUCGAAAUCUCACAAAUUGCUGGAUAGGGAAGACGCCAAGAACCCGUCUAUGGUUGCCAUGACAACAAAAUGUCGAUACCAUCCAGAUCGAGACAUCGAGAUGUUCUGUGGAACACAUGACAUGGUCUAUUGUGCAAAGUGUAUAGCCACAGAGCACAGGGCUUGUGAAAAAAUUAAGAGCAUAGACGAUAUGACGACAUCUUUUAUCCAACAGAAUGACAUACAGCGUUUACAAUUUGAAACUAAAGCUGUUCAUGACCAGUUAGUAGCUGCAAACAAGAAGAAGCAGAAAAACGUCGCUUCUCUUGAAGUACUGAGAAACGAUAUUCUCCAUAAUAUUCAGGAUAAAGCAAACACUAUAGCAGAAUAUAUCGGGAAAUUGAAAAGAGAAGCUGUUGAGAGUUUGAACAAGACGUGUUCAGAAGUAAAUGGCAAACUAGAAUCUGAAAUCAAGUUGAUGGCUAAUACAAUAACAGAAGUCGACAAAUCAGAAAGUAUAUUGCAAACUGUAAAUAGAGUGGAUGCUAGACAACAGUUUGUUCAAAUAAAACUGAUAGAAAGGACUGUGAAAGAUGCAAAGAAGUUGUUUGAAGAAAGUGAGUCAGAGGGAACUAGAAUUGCUCGUUUUACUGAAAAUGCAGAACUGAGAAGAAUUUUAACGACUGUAGCUGAUUUAGGACGUGUGGAGACAUUGAGUGAAAACCAGAAGCAGAUUACAACUAGGCAAUACAAGAUAAAAGCGAAGAAAGAGGUUUAUGUCAGAAUGCAGAAUGACAAUCAGACUUGUUUUAUAACUGAUAUGUGUCUGCUUCAGGAUGAUACCGUCGUUCUGGCUGACUACAAAAACAUGAAAAUAAAGAGGCUUGAUACAAAUUUUAGUAUUAAGGACGCGUGUAUUCUACCUUCCAAGCCUAUGGCCAUCUGCUGUACUGCUAAGGAUGAAAUUGUAGUAAAACUGGCAAACGGCACGGUUCAGUUUAUAUCAGUUGGUCAGGAAUUGUCUAUUUUGAGAAAUAUAUCUGUAGCAGGGGGUCGUUUUUGGGGAAUGGAGUAUUUUGCUGGGGAUCUUUGGGUAUCUAAUGCAAGUAGUGUAAACGUGUACAAUACAUCAGGAACACUACUGAAGUCUAUCAACAAAAACGUGAAUGGACGGAGUAUAUUUAAAUCUUCUCCUCAAAGUAUGGUUGUCAGUGGAGAGACUGUUAUUAUAACAGAUGGAAGUGAUGGAGCCGUAUGUUUAGGAAGAGAUGGUGAAGUGAGGUGUGAACUGCGGGACGCAAGGCUGAGAUCCUGCACGGGUGCAUCUGUAUCUGCUGAUGGCACUGUCUUCCUGUCUGGAUGUGCCUCGAGCAAUAUCGUGAUGUUUAGUGCUGACGGGAAAUGUCAAGGAGAACUGGUAAUAAACAAAAUGAACAUGACUUAUGUUUCCCCUCUCUGUUAUGUCAACAAACGAAAUUGUUUAAUGCUAGCACGUAACAUUCAUAAUAACAGUAUCAACAUUCUUGAAAUGUCCGAAUAAUCAAGGACGUUUAUUGAUUUAUUUGACAAAUUACAGACUUGGAGACAACAUUAGUAAUCGAACAAUUGCAUAUGUUUUCAGGUCUUGCUUGUUCCAACACCUUAUGUAUUUAAUUCAGAUAUAUGUGUUUAGUAGUCUGAUUUGAUAAAUAGUUAAAUUCACAUAGUUUAUUUGGGAACUGGUACAAACAAGUGUGUAUAUCAGCAUGGUUCAAUCUCUUACAGUUACAAAAUAGUUUAUAAUGAACUACCUGUAAAUCGUGAGAAGGACUUACAUUGUAGUAUGACUGAACUAUGUAACUUGAUAAUGAUUUUUUUUGUAAACAUUGGAACAAAAAAGGUAUUCGUGACUGAAUUUCUCAUAGAGUUAUACAGACAUUCGUUGUUUUUCUGAAGUAUUACUGUGAAAUCAUUAAUAUUCGUAUACCGUCAUUGUA